UUCAAACGUAAAUAUCGUCAUGGCGAUGGAAUACAGCAAAGAGCAGCUCAACUACUACAGGAUUUGUUACGUUGUCACUGAUGUAUUAACUGAUGGUCUGCGAAUAAUCUUCAAACAAGAAUGGGACAAUCGCUACGGUGCAACAACGUCAGGGGAAUGGAAGGAUGAACCAAGAAAUGGAGUGGACUUUAAAAACAAGGAAUCUGCUCGGAACCAAAAAAGAAAUGCGCAUCUCCUUACAACCAUGAUUGGCGGAAACAGAGCAGAAUGGGAUUGUACGAUGCUUUUCUAUGCUAUUCUUUACUCAGAUUGUAUUCACAGCCUCAGCCCAGUUGUCAGAUCAAAUGUCGAUGCCCUCAGAAAGUUUCGAAAUGAAGAUUUUGCGCACAUGUCGGAAGGAAACCUUUCAGACCUGCAGUUUCAAAACAUCAUUGGCAAAGUUGACACUGCAUUUCAAGCGCUCGGUCUUUCCACAAUGAAAAUUCAAGAGAUUAAAAAUCAAACGAGCUUUCCCACGGAGGAACUGAAAGAUGUCUUGAAAAUGGUUGACGAUCUUAAGCAGGAGCUUCAGGAGAAAGAGCGCGAAAGACAGGUCCUUGAAGAUCAGUUAAACAAUGAUAUCUCCCCCUUCUGUGUCCUCCCUCCUAAACCCUCACAUGACGUAACAAGUCGCGACCGAGAGGUGGCCGAAAUAAUGCAACAGCUUAGAGAACUUAAAACAGCAAAUAAAGACAGGUUAAGUUACCUUUACAUCUCCGGAAAUCCUGGAAGUGGAAAGUCUCAACUAGCGGGUCUUGUGACUGAACGAUUCUACAGAGAAAUUAAAGAUCUUCCAGAUGGUACCUCAUUUGUGAUGACGAUAAAUGGUGAAAGUCCAGAUACUGUGCUACAAUCAUAUGUGGCUUUUUCACGGCGUCUUAAGUGUCCCGAGUACGCGGUGACAACCACCCUCCAUUCAGAGGACUUGACAACAAAUGAGAAAAUCACCAAUCUUAGGGCAUUGAUCGGAACGAAAAUUGGGCUUUAUACAUCGUGGCUGCUCGUAGUUGAUAAUGUCGCGAGUCUAUCACAUGUGCAUGUCCAUCUACCCGAAGCCGAAAAUGAGAUGUGGGCAAGAGGCCAGUUGCUUAUCACAACUCAAGACAGUGGGUCAAUUCCUCAAGCAAGUUCCUUCAACAAACACAUCUCAAUAAGCAACGGAAUGAAUCUUGAUGAUGUCAGUUGUUUAUUGGAAAAGCUCUCAGGAAUCACGGACAAAGAGAUGGAAAUCAAAGUUGCUCAGGCGUUGGACUACCAGCCUCUCGCCUUGGCAAGUGCCGCCACUUAUGUCAGAGAAGUUCGACAGACAUCUAAUUUUGGCUGGAAAGACUAUCUUGCAAAACUUGAAACAGGCCAAAGAAAUGCCAUGGAGACAUUUCUUGCCGAAGUCAACCCAAGCUAUGCAAAGUCCAUGACCACAGCAACAACACUGGCCGUAGAAACAGCUAUGGAAUCCAACAAAAUUAUGCAUCACGCCUUUAAUUUCCUGUCCCUGUGUGCACCACAACCAUUAAGUCUUAAUAUCAUUGAAGACUUUAUCACAAGUGUGGAUAAAGAAAUUCAAGACAAAGAGAUGAUUCGUUUGAAGAUACAAAGGUGCUCCCUGCUGAUGUUUGAAAGAGACGAAACUGACGUUUACAUUCGUGUGCAUCAGGUUGUACAUAAUUCCAUUAAGACUUUGGCUGCAGCUCAUUCGGAUGAUAAGCACAACGAGGUCGUCAGUGGAGUGAUUGGAUCAUUCAGUCGUUUUGUAGAAAAAUAUCUAUCAAGGGACAACGACGAGUUCUAUGCUCUAAUAAACAGCAGACAUGUUACUCAUUUGAUAAAUUUAGCCCCAGAACUUGAGAGAUGUUUUUCUAAGAAGGUUAUUUCUCAAGUCGACCAAAGUGGCUUUUUGAUCAAGAACCAUGCGAUGGACCUCCGUAGAAUGAGUAAAUUUUGCUAUAUGCAUAGUGAAUACGAAACUUCAAGACGUUUCAUCGAUAUGGCAUUAGACUUAACCAUUGUCAACGAGCACGACCCUGGCUUAGAUAUUGCAGUUAUCUACCAACACGUGGGUGAGGUGCACAAAAAGCUGGGUGACCUGAGUCAGGCAAAGGAUUAUCAUGAUCGUGCACUGGCCAUUCGUCUGAAAAAGCUUGGACCUGACCAUGUUGACGUUGCAAAUUCUUACAAUAGCCUGGGUAUUGUACACAUGGAGCUGGGUGACCUGAGUCAGGCAAAGGAUUAUCAUGAUCGUGCACUGGCCAUUCGUCUGAAAAAGCUUGGACCUGACCAUGUUGACGUUGCAAGUUCUUACAAUAGACUGGGUAUUGUACACUAUGAGCUGGGUGACCUGAGUCAGGCAAAGGAUUAUCAUGAUCGUGCACUGGCCAUUCGUCUGAAAAAGCUUGGACCUGACCAUGUUGACGUUGCAAGUUCUUACAAUAGCCUGGGUAUUGUACACAAAAAGCUGGGUGACCUGAGUCAGGCAAAGGAUUAUCAUGAUCGUGCACUGGCCAUUCGUCUGAAAAAGCUUGGACCUGACCAUGUUGACGUUGCAAGUUCUUACAAUAGCCUGGGUAUUGUACACAAUGAGCUGGGUGACCUGAGUCAGGCAAAGGAUUAUCAUGAUCGUGCACUGGCCAUUCGUCUGAAAAAGCUUGGACCUGACCAUGUUGACGUUGCAAGUUCUUACAAUAGCCUGGGUAUUGUACACGAUGAGCUGGGUGACCUGAGUCAGGCAAAGGAUUAUCAUGAUCGUGCACUGGCCAUUCGUCUGAAAAAGCUUGGACCUGACCAUGUUGACGUUGCAAGUUCUUACAAUAGCCUGGGUAUUGUACACGAUGAGCUGGGUGACCUGAGUCAGGCAAAGGAUUAUCAUGAUCGUGCACUGGCCAUUCGUCUGAAAAAGCUUGGACCUGACCAUGUUGACGUUGCAAGUUCUUACAAUAGCCUGGGUAUUGUACACGAUGAACUGGGCGACCUGAGUCAGGCAAAGGAUCAUCAUGAUCGUGCACUGGCCAUUCGUCUGAAAAAGCUUGGACCUGACCAUGUUGACGUUGCAAGUUCUUACAAUAACCUGGGUAUUGUACACGAUGAGCUGGGUGACCUGAGUCAGGCAAAGGAUUAUCAUGAUCGUGCACUGGCCAUUCGUCUGAAAAAGCUUGGACCUGACCAUGUUGACGUUGCAAGUUCUUACAAUAGCCUGGGUAUUGUACACUAUAAGCUGGGUGACCUGAGUCAGGCAAAGGAUUAUCAUGAUCGUGCACUGGCCAUUCGUCUGAAAAAGCUUGGACCUGACCAUGUUGACGUUGCAAGUUCUUACAAUAGCCUGGGUAUUGUACACGAUGAGCUGGGUGACCUGAGUCAGGCAAAGGAUUAUCAUGAUCGUGCACUGGCCAUUCGUCUGAAAAAGCUUGGACCUGACCAUGUUGACGUUGCAAGUUCUUACAAUAGCCUGGGUAUUGUACACGAUGAGCUGGGUGACCUGAGUCAGGCAAAGGAUUAUCAUGAUCGUGCACUGGCCAUUCGUCUGAAAAAGCUUGGACCUGACCAUGUUGACGUUGCA